AUGAUACAUACAAAAGAUAAACAACGUAAAUGAAAAAGAAAUAAAGACUUACUUUGGUUUAGCUCCUAACGAUAGCAAAUAACUUGUAGCGAUUGUCUAGCAGCGAUGAUUGUGUAAUAAUCAUUAACUUACGAAAGACUUAUUGAUAAAAAUGAACCGGAACAAAAACGAUAAUAAAGUGUGUAUUAACUAAGCGUAUCGAAACUAACAGAGCUUAGAUACCUAAUAGUGAGUAGCAGACCACAUGUAGAAACUAGAAUGGUUGGUGAACAAAAGCCCGUUUCUUAUUUGACUUCCAAAUUGCAGAGUUUUCUACUUUACAGGAAAGCUGUAUUUCGUUUUCGUCGCCUAAGGGAAAACUUGAUUCGAGUAAGAAAGCAAGAUGGUAAUUUGUUACUAGACUUUGGACUUGAGAGCUAGUCUGUUGAAACUCUUGUGGAUAUCUUUCUUUGAUGUGAUAUUAUUUCUUUGGUUUCAGGAAACCCUUUCACACAAGCCGUGAGGAAUCAAGAACCACAGGACAGUGAAUUAGAAUCGCCUUCAUCUCACAGUGACACAGGAUUACCAAGAAUAAGGAAAACAGUCAAUAAAGAGCAGUGUUCACCCCGGAAAAGGAAAAAUAAUGACGAUAGGUCCUAUAAAUCCAAAAGAAUAUUCCUUUGGGGACAAUCAUUGGAAAAAUGA